GUGACUAGUCUUAUGAUUUCUCUCUUACAUAUUAUACUGAAAGCUAAAAAGAGUGUUGUGGAGAUCAGUGGAGGACACUAUAAAUUAGGAUUUUGGAGAAGUGUAUUAAACAGAAUAGAUUUUGAUUGUAAUUGUAACUUAUUUACUUUCCAAACCAAAAUUCAGAAAGUGAAAGUAAAUUGUAGAUCGUUGCAGCUUUUACAAGAAGAGGAAAUGGAUUCAAAAUCUGUGGAAGAGCUUUCUUGUCCCGUGUGCUGUGAAAUCUUCAAGGAUCCUGUUCUUCUGUCCUGUAGUCACAGUUUUUGUAAAGAGUGUCUUCAACAGUUCUGGAAGACCAAGAAAACUCAGGAGUGUCCUGUCUGCAGGAGAAGAUCCUCAAAAGAGCUGCCUCCACGUAAUCUAGCAUUAAAAAACUUGUGUGAUUUACAGAUAAAGGAGCGAAAUGAAAGACGUUCUUCAGGAUCUGAGGAGAUCUGCAGUUUACACAGUGAGAAACUCAAACUCUUCUGUCUGGAGGACAAACAGUCUGUGUGUUUAGUGUGCAGAGACUCAGAGAAACACGUCAAUCACACAUUCAGACCCAUCAGUGAAGUGAUUUCAUCUCAUAAGGAGGAACUGAAUACAGCACUGACAUCCCUACAAAACAAGCUCAAACAUGCAGAAGAAAUGAUAGAAGAGUGUGAUAAAACAGUUCAACACAUCAAGUCUCAAGCUGAGCACACAGAGCGUCAGAUUAAAGAGGAGUUUGAGAAGCUCCAUCAGUUUCUCAGAGAUGAAGAAGAAGCUACAAUCACAGCACUGAGAGAGGAAGAGGAGCAGAAGAACCGGAUGAUGAAGGAGAAGCUGGAGGAGAUGAACAGACACAUCUCAGCUCUUUCACACACAAUCAAAGACACUGAGGAGAUGAUGAAAGCCAAUGACGUCUGCUUUCUGAAGAACUUUAACAUCACGAUGGGAAGAGUCCAGAUCUCACAGCCGGAUCCACAGAUGAGUUCUGGAGCUUUGAUUCAUGUGUCACAUUACUUGAGUAACCUGCUGUUCAGAGUCUGGAAGAAGAUGCAGGAAACUGUCCAACACACUCCAUUGACUUUAGAUCCAAACACAGCACAUCGUUGGCUCACACUCUCUACUGAUCUGACCAGUGUGUCGUACAGUGAUGAAGAUCAAAAUGUUCCUAAAAAUCCAGAGAGGUUUGACUGGUUUCUAUGUGUUCUGGGUUCUGAGGGCUUUAACUCAGGAACACACUGCUGGGAUGUGGAGGUUGGAGACAAUACAUACUGGAAUGUUGGAAUAACCACAGCAUCAAACCAAAGGAAGGGAGAGGUUUUCUUUGACACUGAUGUCUGGUGUGUGCAGUACAUGAACAGUGAAUACUGCUCACAAUCCCCAGAGCAAAGUUUGACAGACUUGACUGUUAAAGGGAAGCUGCAGCGUGUGAGAGUUCAUCUGGACUAUGACAGAGGAAAGGUGUCGUUCUCUGAUCCUCUAACUAACAUCUGUCUGUGUACAUUCACAACAACCUUCACAGAAACUGUCUUUCCAUUCUUAUAUAAUUACUGCUCAACUUCCCCUCUGAGGAUCUUACCAGUUAAACUGUUUGUAACAGCAGAAAAUCACAGUUAAAUCUGAUUCUGCUAUUAGAUACAUUUACUUAAGGUACAAUAAUUAACUGUGAUUAUUGUUUUACAAAUAAUGGUCCAAUAGCAACAUUGGUUCGAACGACCCACCCCAUCCAGCCAAAGGUCCACAAUUUAUGUACGUUUUUUUUUUUUUAAAUCAACAAGUGUUCUUUUAAAUAACAACGCACUUUUAAAGACAUAAAAAGUAUUAAAUACUUUAAUUAGUAUAAGAAAAGUCUAAAUUAUAAUUUCAAGAGGUCUUAAAUUUGGAAAGACAAAAAUCGCGCUAUGGAUUAAAUGUGCUAGUCGUUUGAAGCGCGCGUUAUCCGCUACAGAUCACAGUUCAAACAGCAGCGGAGCGCAAGUUUACUAGAGCAGAAGCGUUUAUUUGCGAACACUACACAGCGCUGUGAGAUCCAGAGUGAAGCGCUUGAAUUCGGUGAAGAACACAAUGACACGGCGAUUUAAACAGAUGAAACAGCGCUGACAAACAGCAGAAACACUGUGCGCAACCAUAGUCAGAAUAAUUUAAUAUAAUGGAUUAUUUUUACUGUAACACUGACUGCACUAUGGUAUUGCGGCAGAAUUGUUGGACAUAUCGAACUGUGUUAUAUUAUUAUGUAGACAUGUAUUAAAUCUAUUAAAGGAUGGAAUGGAAUGGAAGGUAAUAUAUUACAGUAUUUUGUGAUUAAUAGCGUUUGUGCAUUUAUACUAAGACCACUGUUCUUCAUACAAAUACCUAGAAGCCAUGUAGUUCAUUUUUAUACCAUGGUAUUGAGGUGAAUAAUUAUUUUUAAUAAUUUCAUCAUAUAAAAAUAAGCUUGUUACAAUUUUUACAGAUGUUACUGUUUUUGAUAGUGAACAUUAUCUGACCUGUAAAUCAGGAUAUCAGUUUAGACAUCUUGCUUAUUCCAUAUUAAUAAUUCUAUUUCUGCAGGUCUUUAAAAAAGUAACAAAAAGCCUUAAAUUUGAUUUUAAAAAAACGCUGCAUAAAAUUCCUUUUUUGAUAUUUGUAUUUUGAAAAGGAGGAAAGACUGCAUAGGGCUCAGAGGUUGAAAGGGGCCCAGAAUGGGGGCUCAGAAAACUCAGUGGAAGGGUGUAGCAUGGGUCAAGGAAGAACACAGUAUAUUCUGACCAGGGGCAGUUCUAAAACCUUUUUUUCAGACUGUAAUCAACAUUUUUGUUUGUUCAAUUUGCACAAUGAACAUGGGUUGGAUCUCUUAAUUUUGAGUUCUUAAAGUACACCAAAUGAAUGAAUUUCACUUUAAAAUGUAUAAAAUGUUCUCAUGGGGGGGCAUGCCCCCAGACCACCCUAGAGGGACACACAUCCACCCACCAUCUGCGUGAGUAUAAAGAAUGUGUUAAUUUAUUGCAUUAAAAUGUCGUUCAUUUCAUUAACUAACUUAUUGCUUUAGGUAUUCGUGUAUAUUUACUGAACAAGGUGAUAUCUUGGUAAACAGUUUGACAACAUUGUAGUAAAUAUUUUUGGUGAAUACAAAAAUCAUUCUUAUUAAGAUAC